AUGAAGGAGAAACUCCCGACGACGUUCCAAUGCCUCUUCUGCAACCACGAAAAUUCCGUCAGCGUCUCCAUCGAAAAGAAGUCCGGUGUCGGCAACCUGCAAUGUAAAGUCUGUGGCCAGACCUUCCAGACCAACAUCAACUAUCUCAGCGCGCCCGUCGACGUGUAUGCCGAUUGGAUCGACGCGUGUGACGCAGUUGCGAAGCAGGCGGCCGAGGGCAAUGUCGAUACCGCGCGGAGUACGAAUCGCAUGGGCAGGAUGCCGACGGCACACAACCAAGAAGAUGAUGAUGGGGACGGCGGCUUCAUCGAGCACGAUGAGCCUGACGCGGAAGGAGAGUAUGCAGACUAG